AUGAACUCUGUACCGGCUGGAUACUUCACCCAAAUCUGCAACACGACAGCGGCCGAACAAAGGGUGAACUGCCUCUAUGCAACCCCCCAUGGACCUGAAGCUAAACCCAUCAGAUCAUGCUCCGGCAGACUACCGGUAAGACUUUAAUAAAGGAUGAUGCAACUACCAACAAUCGAUAUUACUGUUAUCCACCUUAUAAUUAACGUUACUGACUAUACAAUAUAUCAAAUUAUGGGUAAAAUAUUCUUGAAUUGCACUGGUAUGAAUAUAUUUAUCGGAGUUGUGCUGUGCAUGACAUUUAAAAACUGUUUGACAUUAUCAGGCAACGUCACGGAAGCAGCGUGCACUCUGUGGCAAUGAAUGGGUUGUGAUAUUUUCGCGUGGCUUGAGAAACAAGCUUGUUUCGGUGACCUUUCUCCCGCAGCCCAGCUGUAAUAGGCACAGAGGGUUGGGGUGUCCCCCCCUGUAAAAAUAUUUGAUGAAUACCCCUCAGUAGGGGUUAGCUAGGACUGGGGGUAUCACUGAAUUUAACAAUGCCCAUGGCUAAUUUCACCCCGAUUUGUAGAGGGAGAUUUCUCCUUCUAAAUGUCCAUUUAUAGUUACACCUUACAUGAAUGAGGAAAUGCUGCAUCUGGAAAGGAAACUUAUUUCAUAAUGCCCAACCAGCCAAUAAAGGUCAUUUACCCAAAAAUGUGAUUUAGCUUAACACAUUGUUCACCCAUAGCCCCCAGCUGUCACUAACCACUAACCAACCAAGCCAUAACCCCACCUUGUCUGAAUUGCACCUGUCUGCUCAGGUCAUAUACACCCUGCUCAACCUGUGUGUGUCCAUCCACAAAGGUCACGGGUCACAGCUGGACAACCACUCACUUUUCCUGGGAGUUUACAUAAUUUGAAUGUUCAAACAUGCCACACACACACAGGAGUACUCUUGAGGGAGAUAAUAACAUGUUGCUGAUGAACACACACACACCCAGGGUUCAGUGUAUGAGUCCAGGCUGAUAAUGUCUCUAUUGCUUAAUAUUGAGGGGGGCACUACUCCUGUGCUUUGCGCCAAUACAAUGACAUUAACUUGGCUAGUCUAAGACUAGGCUAAUGCAAUUUCCAUUGUGUACUACUCUCCAUUGUCAUAAUGUCAACUUCCUGUUCUAGGCCAAGUCUGACCAAGGCACAAGGUCAGGCGAUCAGGGUAUUCAUCGCCCCCCUCUAUCCUACUUUUAGGAUUAGGACUAUGAGCUUUUCCUGACCAGGAACAUUUUGUUAUAAAACGAGUUACUACUAGAUUACAAGUUACAACUAGUUCUAGCCUAUAACUAAGGCCCAGAGUUUUUCCUCGUCGGGUCAAUUCAAGUGGUCAGAAAACCCCCUGACCCUAGUUAUGGGAAACAACAACUCUAUCCUGAUACUAGUUAUGAUAAACAACAAAAUGUCAGCCUCGGCAGGCAAUAAGUUCCUUCUAUUGUCCGGAAAGCACAGUGGGCAGAGAGGCUGUACUUGCCCUGGAAACAUGGUGAUGAUAAUAGUGUCAGAAGAAGUGAUGGCGUAGGACGUCCUCUUGCCCUGCUACUCGUAAACACUUUGGGUUACACUGUGAAGGAGUCUUCAUCCUUCUCCCUGCUGAAGCUAUUCUCAUUAACCUCAAAUAUGGGUCACUCACAGAUACUUAUAUAAUAACAGAUAAUAUAUGCCAUUUAGCAGACAUGUUUAUCCAAAGUGACUUACAGUCAUGCUUGUAUACAUUUGAUGUAUGGGUAGCUCCGGGAAUCGAACCCACAACCCUGGCGGUGCAAGUGACAUGCUCUACCAACUGAGGCCAUACAGGACCACUUCACAGAUUGUCAUGGAUACUUCCAACUUGGCAGAGAUGAGCAAAUGGUCAAGCCUCAACGUCACACUAGUCAUCCUCUCAGGUUAUCUAUAAUGAACUAUUAACUCUCUAGAGUUUGUUUCCACUUGAGUGUAGGAGUGCCCUAAUACAAUAUCAAGGUGAAUAUACAGUAUGUCCCCACUGUGUCAUAUUUAUAGUGAUCGCUGCUAUGAUGUUUGAGUGAUUGGCGAGCUGUGAAAUUGUCACUGUAUUUCCUGUGAGGAUGAUACUACUACUAACGUGUAAUUGUUUGACAGAGUUUUACUCCCGAGUUGAAAAACAGGACAGAAGGUCAAGGAGUGCUCUCGGGGUUCAGUUUGACACAUACGUGAGAUUGAAGUUCACAAUAGGUGGGAAUAUAACACAUCAUGGGCCCCGUGUAGCUCAGUUGGUAGAGCAUGGUGCUUGCAACGCCAGGGUUGUGGGUUCGUUUCCCACGUGGGACCAGUAUGAAAAAAUCAUUGCCUUAACCCCUCUCUGGGACCCCCAUGGUGAGCCCCUAUUCAGGCUAGCACUCUGGGUGCUGGGGUGUGAGAUUGCCUACUUUGCCCCUUGUUUACACCAGCCAAAAGCUCUCUUUCUCUCUGUUAUCUCUCGUUCCCCCUAUUUUUUUGUUGGCCCGCUCCAGGCCCCACCGACCCACAAACUAGGAUGCUCCACUUAAUGGGGCCGUCUUUAUUAUGUGUGAGGGACAUGGGCUAGCUUGGUGUUGAAUGGGUCUUUUUGUCACACAUUGAAACGUGUCCUCGUCUUGGAAGUCAGGUUCUACGUAACUGAACUGGUGUUUUGAAGAGAGAGAAGGUAACAGGCCAGUAGCUAGAAGUGAGUCUGUUGAAAGCAUUUGGUUAAUGUGACCCAGCUUUGUGAAAUGUCCCUGGAGAAAGUCCAGUCAUAUCUGUUGAAAUGGAGGGAGUUAGAGGGGUGGAAGGAGAGCUGAAUUUACAUGCACGUUUUAGGGAGUAGGCGCUUAGUUGCUGUCAUAGAAUGAGGCAAUAACGGCUGUGUGUCAUGGAGAUAAAGAGGGGAUUGUGAAUGAGUGACUCAGUGUAUUUAAACACAUUUACAUUUUAAUCAUUUGUCAGACACUCUUAUCCAGAGCGACUUACACACAUUUUCAUACUUAUCUUUCGUACUGAUCCCCUGUGGGAAUCAAACCCAUAACCCUUGCAAACACCAUGUAAAUGUACUUAAAUAGAUCGCCUGCCAUGGCCUGCUAAUGUGUUGACAAUUGCUGUGGUUAGCUGUUAACUCACUAUGUUUGAGAAUGACAUUCUUUUAGCUACAUUUAUUGCUUGUGUGUGUGACUUAUUAUUUUUACAUUUUAGUCAUUUAGCAGACGCUCUUAUCCAGAGCGACUUACAGUUAGUGAGUGCAUUUUUCAUACUGGCCCCCCAUUAUGUUCUGUAUCUCUCUUUACAUGACUUUGUGUUGUUAGCAUUUGGUGGUUGAGUGAUUUAUUCCCCCCCUGUGGUAUGCUAGCUGACAUAGGCCCUGUAUUUUCACAUGCCAAAAGGUUUGCAAAGCGCUGACUCAACAUUCAAAACCUCACUACAAACACAAACUCACAGGCCUAAGCCGGGCCGCUGCAAAGCUGCAGGGCAAAACUGUGGUAAAAUGUUCAAGGGGAGGCCCAUUCGAAUUGGACACAACACAAGGUGGCCAUUUUAACCACCACAUGUCAUGUAAUCUUCUCUGUGGUUUAUUUGACAGGUUGCAUUUAGACUAGUCUCCAGAAGAUGACAAAGGGUCACAUUUUAAUCCCUGAGGUGGUCUGAAAAGGUUUUAACAGUGUGGUCGGUGCCAUCUUUCCUCAAUCCCCCCUCUAGUCAGGCACUUAGGCAUUUCCUUGCUCUUGAUUGGUCAAAAGGAGAAGUCAUGUCUUAAUGCAGGUUGAACAAGUUUGAGGGGAACAAACAAGCCCCACUACAAGUCAAUAAAUGGGAUAUUAUAUCUUUAUUACAAAUGGAUUGUUUUGUAUUUACCAUAGGUAGUAGGCCUACUGGUAGACUACUAAUGUUUGCUUUGCCUGCAAGUUGGUGUAACCAAAAUCUUAACACAUGCGGUAUAUAGUAGGCUAAAUCUGUGCGGUGCCCCUAAAGUGAAUGUGUGUGUGUGGGUGGGUGGGUGUGUGUGUGUGUGUGUGUGUGUGUUCUAGAAGGAUUAGACAGGUUCUCUUGUGGUCUCUCCCUGCCACCUGCUAUGUGUGGCUCUGCCAGAUGUCACUGACAGACAGGUGGACAUGUGGUGGAGGACAGAGGGACAAUGCCACCCUUUUUCCCCUCUCUCUCGUGGUUCAGUACAAAUCCACAUGCUGCUCACAUUCUCAAAUCUCCUCUCAGAUCUACUGGAGUAAACUAUGGUUUACUAAGGGAUAGGAGUUUUUCCAGACCACAUGUCAUGACAGGAAACCUCUGGACCUACAGCCAAUAACUUGCUCAGGACCAAUGUCAGUAAAAAAUCCAGACAAUCAAGUCUAUGUAUGGUGUGCAAUAAGGUAGCCUAACUCCUUAGGUGCUUUUCCAGAAACUUCCUAGACACUUUAUAGCCUAUUCAUGGUUAGAAAAAAUGGUGAGAAAAGAGAGCCAGUGCAAUUAAAACCAUAGGUGAAAGUUAAAACUACAAAUUAGUUUCAUUAUACCUCUGUAGUCUGUGUGUCUAGAUGUAUUGUAAUGACUUGACUUAGUACAUAGGGCCUAUUGCAGUGUCAGGUCAUGACAUGUGUCACGUAGUUUAUAACAUGGUUUGAUUUGUAGCUUGUGGACAUGUGUCCUUCGUGGCACAUGCUGGGUUGUGUCUGUAACCACACUGAAGCAGAGCAUAGUCUCAUAUGACAUGCCCUCUCUCCAACUGUGAUCUGGCGUGUGUGUGGUUUGUAAAACAAGAGAUUAUGGAGUUGUGUGUGUGUGUGUGUGUGUGUGUGUGUGCGUACACACAUCUGUGGGGGUAACACCAGUUCCCAGGGCAGACGUUCAAUGUUCUGCUUGGUUCCCCCCCACUGCCACUGAGCUCAUUAUAAUCUGGUCCUAAUUUAGUAUGUUGGAUGGGAGUGGAGCGCGCCAUUGCUGCAGUAUGAGGGUGUUCUGAAGUCCUAUUAAUGAUGUGUUCCGGAGGAUUGAAAACGACCUCGUUAUUUUUUAAACCUCCCAUUUUGGAAUCGGCGAGACUAUGUAUGGCUCAUACAUGCGUAAUAAACCAUCUGCAGUCCUCUUCCAGCAGGAGAAAGGCACAGAAUCCUUACAUUCUAACCUGCCAUCACUUAGUACACGAGAUACGCGCUCGUUCAUGGCUACGUGAUCUUACCAUUAGUACAUAGAAUACAUCCAUCAAUCCAUACGUCCUAAAUUAGAAAACAUGUCGUUUAAUUUCUCUCUUUCAAUAGCCUACACUUCUCUGGAAGCAAGCAGAAAAUGAUGUGCGCUAAAGAUGGAAUUGUAGCCAGACAAAUACAUUAGAAUACCAUUUAGAAUACCAUUGUCAACCUGUUCAGAAACACUAUGCUCACAACUUGAAUCUCCUAAAUGGUGUCACUGAUGUAUUUAGUUAGAAUCUUGGAAUAUAUUUGGAAUAUUGCUCAAUAGACUAGGGUUUUUACCAGGCGCAAAUCAAGGAUAACACACAUAGUUGAUGCACUAGAGAAAUGUACACUGCAAACUUUCACCCACUUUUUAGAUAAGAAAAUAUCGCCCUACCUUUCUGUUUCAACCAUCCAUCCCAAUCAAAUAUUUCCAUGUGUCUGUCUACCUUUUGUCCAGUGAUCAUCAUUCAUCAUGUAGACAAAUACUAGUAGACAAAUACUAGGCCUAUAUAUACUCAUUAGUGAUGAGCGAUUUGAGUAUUUCUUGAGCUUGGUUCAGUUUCAGUUCGAGUAUAAGAAAAUAAUCACUGUUUUCGAUUUCGGUUUCUAUAUUAAUGAAAAAACACAAAACAUUCAAUGCAUUAAGUGGGUUGAAUGCUGUAACAACACAGAAUAAAACAAUUAGGCCUAAUAAAAGUCCCAUGAUGGUAGUCACUGCCCAUUACUACUGAUAUAUUGUUAAUCGUUUAUUCACAUUACUUUACUUUAAUUAAAAAAUAUGAAAGAAUAAUUCCAAGUCAUCUCAUUUCUAUGCUGUCUGGCAGAAUCACUAUUUUAGUAGUUCUUCAAAGUAAAAAAAGGCAUACGUUUAUGACUGCUAUCAACCAACUAUCAAUCACUUAGAUCAGGGGUGUCAAACAUCCGGCCCGUGGGCCGGAUCAGGCCCGCAAACGGGUUUAAUCCGGCCCGCGAGAUGAUUAUUAUUAUUUUUUUUUUUUUUGUGUAAAGUAUAAAAAUGCGCUGCCAUUUUUCAAUAAAAUAAACUGCUGUUCCAAUUGCGUCCACUGGAUGGCGCAAUAUCAAUUGUGUUAAGCAAGCAAACUGUUUAUACCGGGGCAGAGCAAGUAGGUCAAGCACGUGCAGCCAAUGAGCUACUUUGUUUUGCCCGCGAUAUUUAUUACGGCUUCUACUUUUAACAUUAUGUGCUUUGGCACCCUCAUUGCCCCAAUAUGUCUCUGUCAAAAAAUAGACAAGUGGACGCAGAGUGCAGAGUGUUCCAAGAAAAAUGGUCAUCCUAUUUAUUCACGGAAUUGAAUGGGAAAGCUGUAUGUUUGGUGUGUUCAGAGCAUGUUGCAGUGCUGAAAGAAUAUAACCUUCGUCGCCACUAUGUGAGUCUUCAUGCCGACAAAUAUGACAACUUUCAAGGACAGCGGAGAUGAGAGAAGGUGAAUGAACUGUUGGCGGGUCUGAAGAAACAGCAGUCUGUGUUUACUCACAGCCGAGACAUCAGUGACGCUGCAGUGAAAGCUAGCUACCUCAUUGCUAAUGAAAUCGCAGUGGCUUCAAAACCAUUUAGUGAGGGUGAAUUUGUAAAAACAUGCAUGAUGAAGGCAGCGGAGAUUGUGUGCCCUGAAAAGCGGCAGGCUUUUGCAAAUAUCAGCCUGACAAGAAACACAGUUUCAGACAGGAUUUCCGAUCUUUCAGUGGAUUUGGACAGCCAGUUGAAGCAAAAAGUAAAGUCAUUUAUUGCGUUUUCGGUUGCAAUUGAUGAAAGCACGGACAUUACAGAUGUUGCACAACUGGCCAUUUUCAUCCGCGGAGUUGAUGACACAUUGACCGUCACCGAGGAGUUCGUGGAGUUGGUGCCGAUGACAGCAGCUGAUAUUUUUACCGCACUCGUCGGCGCGCUGGACAGGGUCGGAGUGGAAUGGUCCCGCGCUGUCAGCCUGGCUACAGAUGGUGCGCCCUCAAUGAUCGGGAAAAAAGCAGGCGUUGUGACAAAGUUCAGAGAGAAAGUGCAAUCUGCAAAUGGAGGACGUGAUUUUUUGACUUUUCACUGUAUUUUGCACCAGGAGGCUUUGUGUUGCAAGUCAUUAAAGAUGGAUAACGUCAUGAAGGUGGUCAUCCAAACUGUUAAUUUCAUCCGAUCCAGAAGCCUGAAUCACCGUCAGUUUGACAGCCUUCUCAGAGAGAAAGACCACAUCUAUGGCCUGCCAUACCACACUGAGGUAAGAUGGUUAAGCCGAGGUGCUGUGCUGAGGCGUUUCUUUGAUUUACGAGAAGAAAUUGAACAGUUCAUGGAAGAAAAGGGCAAACCAGUGUUAGAAUUUCAUUCCGCAGAAUGGAUGCAGGACCUUGCAUUUAUGGUGGAUGUUACAGAGCACCUGAAUAACUUGAACAAACAGCUGCAAGGGCGCAACAAAGUUGUCACGCAGUAUUAUGACAGCAUACGUUCUUUCAAGUUGAAGCUGUCAUUGUGGGAGACGCAACUUGCCGGUGGUGAUGCAGCUCACUUCCCCUGUCUGAAAAAUGUGUGCGCGACCCAACAUGUGGCAGACAUGAAGCGGUUCAAAGAUAAAAUAACGGGACUGUUACGGGAGUUUGAGCAACGCUUUCAGAUUUAUGUUUAUAUGUUUUUAUGUUGAUGUGCUAUUGUUUUUAAUUGAUUUUAUUUUAUUUGUAUAUUUAACCUAUUCUUGACUCUGUGGUUCUUGCACUUGUUUGGGGAACAGGAUUUCAUUAUUUUUAUCUACAUUUCUGCCUGAGAAAUGACACCCUGAUAUAGUUCUGUGAUCUGUGAUAUACUUCUGUGAAUCACUGAGGCAUUGUGUGUUUGUGUGUUCUUUGUCCUCAGAACUUUCAAAUAACUUGAGGUGUUUUAUGAUUAAUAGUGAUGUUGUGCUUUUGGACACUGUCCUUAGGCUCCAGCUUUAUGUUUAUAUGUUUUUAUGUUGAUGUGCUAUUGUUUUUAAUUGUUUUUAUUUUAUUUGUAUAUUUAACCUAUUCUUGACUCUGUGGUUCUUGCACUUGUUUGGGGAACAGGAUUUCAUUAUUUUUAUCUACAUUUCUGCCUGAGAAAUGACACCCUGAUAUAGUUCUGUGAUCUGUGAAACAGUUCUGUUAAUCACUGAGGCAUUGUGUGUUUGUGUGUUCUUUUUCUUUAGAAUUUUCAAAUAAACUUGACGUGUUUUAUGAUUAAUAGUGAUGUUGUGCUUGUACUAUUUUGGACACACUGUCCUCAGGCUCCAGCUUUAUGUUGUAUGUUGAUCGUAUUAAAACAAAGAAAACAAUCUGAAGUUGUUGUUUUUAAGUUAUAUAUACCAUGAUUUUUCCGGUCCGGCCCACUUGGGAAUAGAUUUUCCUCCAUGUGGCCCCUGAGCUAAAAUGAGUUUGACACCCCUGACUUAGAUCAUCUAUUUUCAGGUAGAGAUACCUCGAGAAGCAACUGCUCUAUAUCCCCCUCUGUCUCUUUAGGUAGCGGGCAUAUAAAUAAAAAAAGACAGACCUGACAAGUAGGCGCGCAAUGGAUUAUGGUAAUUGUAGUUAAUUACCAUGUUUUCUGCUCUAAACUAUGUCGAAUAUUGGCCUGUUGGAAACUACAACUUCCUACUACAUCGCACAGUUCAGGCUUGAUCUGAUUUAUCUCUAGAGAAACGGCGCAAUGUGUGCAUUGAGCUCACAGAAAAAAACGGAAUGAAAUGGAAUUCAAAUAAUUGAACCAACGUCAGUCAAUUAGUUGUUUAAAAACCGAAAAAAUAUUCGAAAUUUCCGUAAAUCGUUCAUCACUAAUAAACAUUACACGACUUUAAAGGAGUAGGUCAUUUGAUGCAAACAUAUACUGUAAGUAGGUUCCAACUUUUCCAUGGUAUAAAUUACAUUAUCACAAUCGCUUGCUUGCCAUACUAGUCUGUACAACAACGGGAGUUAGCCACAACCAAGCCUGAUAGACAAUGUUGAUUGGCAGGUGGCAUUUCCACUGAGGUUGCAAGGUUAAAAUUGGGAGGCGGGAUCAGAUCGGCACAGCAUUGUCUAAUAGAGCUCGCCAGCUUGUAGUACUAAAACCCGGAAAUAAGUUACCUCUGGUCCGUUCAGCCAUCCCAUAGAACAAAACAAAUAAGAUCUCCUAAGCCUGUGUUUACCACAGACCUUAUUUUCGGCGUUUAUCCAAAAAACCUAAAAAAACGCCAUUCAUUUUCUCCAUAGGCUUUAUUCAACGAACCAUGGCAGAGUUAGUGCCUACAAAAAGACGUCAUUACUAUUUCUCUCUGAGGUUGUGGGGUGCACAGCUAACGAACACAACAGGGUGUUUUUUUCUCUCCGUUCUCUUUGUGCACGCUACAAAGGCUCGAGAACAAUAGCGUGCUGAUGAAGUACACAGCUUUUGGCUCUUGAGCGCUACAUUCAGAACUACUGGCUAAAAAAGUAGACAAAAGUACCGGAGAAUCUUCUUAAAAGCAUCACUGAGCCCCCUAACAUGGUAGGGUCCUAUCUGUGAGAGGGGUUAGAGAAGAAAUGGGGCGAGAUCGAGGAAAUGGGAGAAGGAUAAAAACAGAGAAAGAGGGAGGGAGGGAGGUGUGCUUGUACCCUCAAGAAGUAGGUACGAAUUACAUAGUGCGCUACCGUCUGGAUGAAAUCCUAUGCCUCGUUAGGUAGUUCAGUCAGGAGUGUGGCCUUGCAUAGUGGUGAAUAAGUGUUCUUUUUCAUUUCUGUGCCCCCAUAACAGUGUGUAUGAUAGCAGUGGUCAACCCUAGUAGGCCAAUCUGGCUGUGUGUGUGUAUCAUGGGGGAAAGGAGGAGUGAGGGGUUCAUGGGGGGAAAGGAGGAGUGAGGGGUUCAUGGGGGGACAGGAGGAGUGAGGGGUUCAUGGGGGGACAGGAGGAGUGAGGGGUUCAUGGGGGGACAGGAGGAGUGAGGGGUUCAUGGGGGGACAGGAGGAGUGAGGGGUUCAUGGGGGGACAGGAGGAGUGAGGGGUUCAUGGGGGGACAGGAGGAGUGAGGGGAUCAUGGGGGGACAGGAGGAGUGAGGGGUUCAUGGGGGGACAGGAGGAGUGAGGGGUUCAUGGGGGGACAGGAGGAGUGAGGGGUUCAUGGGGGGACAGGAGGAGUGAGGGGUUCAUGGGGGGACAGGAGGAGUGAGGGGUUCAUGGGGGGACAGGAGGAGUGAGGGGUUCAUGGGGAAAGGAGGAGUGAGGGGUUCAUGGGGAAAGGAGGAGUGAGGGGUUCAUGGGGAAAGGAGGAGUGAGGGGUUCAUGGGGACAGGAGGAGUGAGGGGUUCAUGGGGGAAAGGUGGAGUGAGGGGUUCAUGGGGGGAAAGGAGGAGUGAGGGGAUCAUGGGGGGAAAGGAGGAAUGAGGGGUUCAUGGGGGGGAAAGGAGGAGUGAGGGGUUCAUGGGGGGGAAAGGAGGAGUGAGGGGUUCAUGGGGGGAAAGGAGGAGUGAGGGGUUCAUGGGGGGAAAGGAGGAGGAGGGGUUCAUGGGGGAAAGGAGGAGUGAGGGGUUCAUGGGGGAAAGGUGGAGUGAGGGGUUCAUGGGGGGGACAGGAGGAGUGAGGGGUUCAUGGGGGGGAAAGGAGGAGUGAGGGGUUCAUGGGGGGACAGGAGGAGUGAGGGGUUCAUGGGGGGAAAGGAGGAGUGAGGGGUUCAUGGGGGGGAAAGGAGGAGUGAGGGGUUCAUGGGGGACAGGAGGAGUGAGGGGUUCAUGGGGGGACAGGAGGAGUGAGGGGUUCAUGGGGGGAAAGGUGGAGUGAGGGGUUCAUGGGGGGGAAAGGAGGAGUGAGGGGUUCAUGGGGGGAAAGGAGGAGUGAGGGGUUCAUGGGGGGGAAAGGAGGAGUGAGGGGUUCAUGGGGGGACAGGAGGAGUGAGGGGAUCAUGGAGAAAGAAGGAGGAGGAGAAGAAAGGGGGAUGUGGUCGGUGAGGGAGUGAGUCCAUGGAUUUCCUGGCGUUUGGCGAGCAGUGGGGCGGUUCCACACACACACACACAUCAACACACACACUCCCCCCUUUAGAAGUGCUUCAGAAUGUGAUGGCCUUUGUCACUGCUCUUGAGACAACCGCCACAAUUACGACUUGCCGCUUUUCAACAGCCACAAUUAGCAUUAGCAGACUGUAUAGCCUAAGGCAGCACAGAUCUCACGCUACAGUGGAUGGGCUGUGCUUUAUUCUAUGGCCUGCUACCAUCCUAUCCUCAUGAUCUACAGCUCUAUAGGACAUUGUUGCAUGUCAAGUGGACUUGUUAAGCAUUCAAACUAGGGAAUGGUUCCAAUAGACUCCCUGCAUCCUAAUAAUCCGUCCUUUCUCACAAAGUGUACACUUGUUCACUUCCCUUUAAACGGAAAUGAUUGGUUGGAGAAAUAUAGUGCAAAACUCUCAAGCCAAUGCCUACGUCAUCAGUUCAGUGAUUUGAAAUGUGUGGGGAGUAGUGAACGAGUGCACACUUCAGGAGAAAGGAGAUAUUAUUGGGACACAUGCUCCUUCUCAAGCUGUCUUUAACCUUUUUUCCCCCUGUUCUUUGUGCCCCCGCAUAGGCCAAGAGGAAGCUGGACCUGGAGGACCCCCUGUACCUCCCAGACUUCAGGACCCCCAAUGGAAAGGGGAGUGUGGCUGCAGCCAGAAUCUCUAGUCCCAAAAGUGAGUCUGCAUCAAUGACAAAAACACUGCCCCCUACUGUCUUCAUUAUCAAAUAAGGGAUGGGUUGCGUAAAGCGAGACAACAUAGUCAUCCAUCCAUCCUUUAUAUCCUAUAAUAUAUAUAAUAAAUAUAUAAAUAAAAAAAUAAUUCAACACACAAGCCACAUGCAGAUCUUUUCCAAUCCAUAAUACCGAGUUCACAUAUGUAUAUUCCACAUUAUUAUUGAAUACAUACCCUUACACAAAUCCACUCCUGCAUUCUCUUACCACAUCUCUUGUAUGACCUAUGACCCUCAGCGCCCAAGUCCCCCGGUGAGCGAACGCGCUACGACACCUCCCUGGGUCUGCUGACCAAGAAGUUUGUUGGCCUGCUGAGCCAGUCACCUGACGGCGUGCUGGACCUCAACUGGGCCACCGAGGUCCUCGAGGUGCAGAAGAGACGCAUCUAUGACAUCACCAACGUGCUGGAGGGCGUGCAGCUCAUCCGCAAGAAGUCCAAGAACAACAUCCAGUGGAUGUGAGUAGGACACUUAGGACAAGUGGACAAGUACACUCAGGAGAAUAUCACUCGGGACAUGUAGACUUAGAACAAGUACACUUAGGAUAAGUCGACACUUAGGAUAAGUAACUACUCAUUCUUCAGCUGUAGGAGGUGGGUCCAAUUCCAUAUCAACUCCUUAGCCCCUACUCCUUGGUGCAAUAUUGAUAGGUCCACCUUGCUCUGUAAUCUAAAGACGAUAAUUUUUUAAGUGUUGAAUGUUCCAACUUCACCUCUAACCAUGAUCCAUCUAUACCAUGAUGUACAAUGUAUAUCCUCUGUAGUGGCUCAUCAUCAAUACAAAAUAAAUAACUGUUUUAUCAGGGUGGGUGGCGUGUUCGAGGGCUCGGCCAGCGGCGGGGAGAAGUCAUGCGCCCUGAGGAAGGAGCUGGGAGAGCUGGAGAGGGCCGAGAAGGCCCUGGAAGACCUGAUCACGUCCAGUAGCACCCAGCUCAAGGAGCUGACCGAACACAGGGAGAACCAGCAGCUAGGCUACGUCACCUACCAGGACAUCAGGUCUAUAGGCAGCCUGCAGGACCAGACGGUCAUCGCCGUCAAGGCCCCCUCAGAAACCAAGCUGGAGGUACCUGAGUCCUCAGGGGUGAGUGGUCAUCAAGUCAUAGAUAGAGAGCUGCUCUGGGUUGUGUUCAUUUGGGCACACUGUAGCAAAACAUUUUGCAACGGACAAAAUACAUUGCUUUUCUUCUUGGACAAGUUCAGUUAGUACCUGACCGUUUGACAAAUGUUUUCUGCCCACUGAACAGCGGCACAAUACAGCUGUUUAAACAGACAUGAAAAAGGACACAGUGACUAUUCCAGGGAUUGACAUUAAGGGUUGCCCUAUUGCCUGGGGGCAAGUUACCUGGGUGUGCACGUUGAGUCUGCUCUGUGGUUGCCCCAUUGGACAAGUGAUUUUUAAUUAGUGAUAACAACCAAAAUGCAAAGAAUUACAGUAGGCUGGUACUUUACAAAUCCGGGCAAGUCAUCAUACUCUUCGGGCAGCCCAAAAAAGACUCCUGACCUGCCCAAUCCCUGUACCUCUUCCUUACAAGGAUAUGCUACUCUUACUAAGCCAAUAAUAGAUGGCCUUCUCUUGUAUAACAAAGAAAGACACUUUACCCUUUUGACAUUUCCAAACCGAGCCCAUUAUCCCUCUCUUUCCAUAGUGCAUCAUUGUAACAUCUUCCUAUUGUCCUUUAUCCACAGGGCCCCCAACAGAUCUACCUGAAGAGUAAGAACGGGCCCAUCGAGGUGUACCUCUGUCCCGAGGAGGGUCUGGAGGAUGCCAGCCCCGUCAAGAGCACCACCACCCCCAGGAAAGACUACCCUCAUCCCCCCUUGGGUCACACUGCCACCCCCUCCCCCGUCAUGGCACCACCACAGUACACCACUAUCAAACAGGAGCCCCAAUACACCAACGUCAAGCAGGAGCCCAUGGAAGGUAAGCUGAGCUGGGGCUCUUUUCUGAUACGGCUGAUCAGUGAUCUGAAAAGUUCUGAAAGUUGCAGAUAGCAAUAGAAUGAAUAGACCUGAGACGAUUCCCAAUUAUACAUGACAGACAGUCGCAGCUGUUCUACACAAUAGCGUUCUGUAACGUUACACCCUCCUCUAAACAGUCCUGUGUGUUGUAAGGGGUGUCCAGUCACCCUCUCUCCCUCUCCGCCCUCCCUAUAGCUGAACUCUCUAGACCUGCACCAGUAUCCCUCCCCAACACCUCCAGCACCAACACCACCACCCUCCUGGAUGUUGAGGGCCUCCUGGGCCUUCCCCCCAGCCUGCUCCAGAUGACAGAGGACCAGCUCCCGGGCCCUGGGUUCACCCCCGACUCCAACGCCCUCUUCGUCAGCUUCUCGCCGCACCUCGACCACGACGACUACCUCUGGGGGCUGGAGGACGGCGAGGGCGUGUCUGACAUCUUCGACACCUAUGACCUGGGAGACCUGCUCCAGAGCUGA